CUCGCGCACCGGACCGGAAGCUGUUCCGCAUUCAUCUACCCUUGAAGCCAGAGAAUGCGAUUUUCACUGGCCCUAACGCUGCUCUCUGCCGCCAGCGCGCUCGUGCUCCCGCAUGCGCCGGCGGUGGCGCCGCGCGCGCCGCCUCGCGCCGCCUCGCCGGAGAUGCUGGGCGUGCUCGACCGGCUCACGGAGCUCCUCUUUCCUGACUCGAAGAGCGGCACGAGCAGCACUGCAGUCAGCCGCCUCAAGGUGGUGCUGGCGAACGACCGCACGGGCGUGGACGAGGCGACCAUGCGCCAGAUCCGCAGCGAGAUACAGGACGUCGUGACCAAGUACCUGGCGAUCGACGAGGAGGGCGUCAACUUCGACGUCAUGACCGACGACCGGCUGACGCUGCUGACGGCAACCUUCCCGAUUCUGAGCCAGACGAAGGGCGGCGGGAAGGUGCGCGCGCUACAGAUGGACGUCGCGACCAACGACGGCUAGACGCUGUGGCCUGUACCUGACCUGUGUGCCCCUACCCCCCUCACACACGUCCACCGCAACCAAAUCUCACCCGCAGGUAGCGUAUGAUCUGUGAGUGUGUGCUUCCGCCUUUGUGAUGAGCUGGACUCGUCCGUACAAUAUAUCAUCUG